GGAAAAGAAGAAAAAGCAAUAAUAAAUGGAGAUAUUUGAUGCGGUGAUGGUCGGAGCGGCUCUUGUGUUGGGCGGAUAUGCAUUCGUGUUCCGGUUUCUGAGGAGACUCAACGACUGGUACUAUGCAGGAAGACGGCGAAACGAUGCGUUUCGUCUUCCACCUGGUGAUAUGGGCUGGCCUUUCCUGGGAGCCAUGCCUUCCUUCCUCUCCUCCGUCAGAUCUCAUCCUGAUUCCUUUCUCUCUCGCCUUGUUUCCAGGCAUGGCGCCACCGGCAUGUACCGGACUCAUCUCUUUGGAAGCCCCACCAUCAUUGUCUGCACUCCCGACACGUGUCGCAAGGUCCUCACAGAUGAAGACCGUUUCAAGCUGGGCUACCCCACCUCCACCAUCGCCCUUACCGGCCGGAGAUCUCUGCACAGUAUUUCAGACGCCGACCACAAGCGCAUCCGCCGCCUCACCACCGCUCCCAUUACCGGCCACGAUGCCUUGUCUUCCUAUGUUACUCUCAUCCAACAUAUGGCCGUCAGCUUGUUGGAUGAGUGGAGCAGCGUCAAGGCGCCAGUUGAGUUGCUGUGCGAGUUGAGAAAGUUUGCUUUUGCUGUCAUCACCAGCAUCUUCGUCGGCUCCGACGUCAACUACAUCGACCUCGGCAUGUUCGAAAACUUGUACGCCGACCUCAAUCGGGGAAUGAAGUCCCUCGCCAUUAAUCUACCGGGUUUUGCUUUCCACAAGGCACUCAAGGCAAGACAGAAGUUGACGAAGCAACUGCAAAGUUUGCUGGAGCAGAAGAGGACGACCAUUAAGGGAAAGACGAAGAAAGACAUGAUGGAUAUGUUGAUGGAGGCGAGAGACGAGGAUGGAUGGCAACUAGAGGACGAGGACAUAGCGGACCUGCUUCUCGUAUUCUUGUUGGCCGGUCACGAAAGUUCGGCUCACGCUAUAAUGUGGGCCCUCAUCUACCUCACUCAACACCCAGAAUCCUUCGAAAAGGCCAAGAAAGAGCAAGAAGAGAUCACGGGACGAAGACCUUCCUCGCAGAAAGGGCUGAAUCUUAUGGAAAUUAAGCAAAUGGAAUAUCUUUCAAAGGUUAUUGACGAGGUGCUGCGCAGAACGACUAUCUCAUUUGCAAACUUCAGACAGGCAAAAGUCGAUGUCAACAUGAACGGUUACACCAUACCCAAAGGGUGGAAAGUUCUGGUUUGGUACAGAGGUAUUCACAUGGAUCCUGAGAAUUACGUGAACCCAGAGGAAUUCGAUCCCUCCAGAUGGGAUAAUUUCAAAGGGAAGGCAGGAUCAUUCCUUCCCUUUGGAUUAGGAAGCAGGCACUGUCCUGGAAGUGAGCUGGCCAAGCUUGAGGUCGCCAUUUUCCUUCACCAUUUUCUUCUCAGCUACAGGAUGGAGAGAAUGAAUGAAGAAUGUCCUCUGGUCUACUUGCCAAUUCCCAGACCUUCAGACAACUGUCUUGCGCGAAUUGUAAAAGUUGAAUAGUUGUGGAGUUAGUAUUCGUUGAAAUAUGCCUCUUUGGCUGAUUUAAUUAUGAAAAUGAGGAUUGCUUGUUACUUAACAAAUUUUAAAAAUAAUAAUAAAUUUUGCUUUUGCCAAA